AUGGCACCCUUGAUCAUAUAUGGUGCGACAGGCUAUACAGGCCGCAUGGCCAGUGAGCACGCUAAGAGCAUUGGAUUGGACUUCGCUCUUGCCGGCAGGUCAGAGAAUAAACUCAAAGAUUUCGCAUGUCGACUCGAAGUCCCGUAUUACACCUUCGAUCUGAACGAAAGAGAAAUUCUUGAUUCAAUUUUGGAUAAUACACUUGUCGUCCUGAACUGUGCUGGUCCCUAUAUUCGAACCGCCAAGACGCUCAUGGAAGCAUGCAUACGGACCAAAACACACUACCUCGACAUUUCGGCAGAAAUUGUGACCUAUCAGCAGGCACAACAGUACGAUAGUGACGCACAAAAGGCCGGCGUCAUGCUCCUCCCAGGUUGUGGCGGGAGCGUUGCCAUGCUAGGUUGCCUUGCGGCUCAUGUCGCCGACCAAAUUGAAUAUCCCAAAACCGUCGAUAUCGCCCUCCAUGUAGCUGGAGCGAUGUCAAGGGGCUCCGCCAUAAGUGCAUCCAAUAUGAAAUCUGGGUGUCUUCAAUUGGUGGACGGAAAUUUGGUUGAACAAGAGCCUACCCAGACUGCGAAUUUCGAUUUCGAUGACGGCAAUGGAAAUGUCAUUUCAUUCCCGGUGACACUACCAGAUCUUUUAACAAUCUCAAAGUCUUCCGGGAUCGCCAAUAUCAGAACUUUCGCCCAUGCCUCGAGUCUCAGUUUUCCAACUGGAGACCUUGACCUACUUGCCGAUGGCCCGACGGCCGAGGAGCGGGAAGCAACGCCAUACCAUGCGGUGGUUGUUGUAUAUUCAGACGAUGGAAUCUCGAAAAAAGCGGUUUUACACACGGUCAACGGAUACAGUUUCACUUAUUUGGCCUCAGUAGAAGCGGCUAGGCGAGUGCUGGAAAAUGAGACAAAACCUGGGUUCCAGACACCAGUGCUUGUUUUUGGAAAGGAUUUUCUGCGAGCUAUACCAAAGACAGAGAUCAGGGACUUUUGA